AUGGCGAUCAAGAACCUUCUUGCCCUUGUGGUUCUUCUUGGCGUUGUUGGAGUUUCAGUUGCUGCUCCGAAGGGUCUCGACCUUAACUACUACAAACACAGGUGUCCCGACGCAGAAGCCACGGUCCGUCGCGUCACAAUCCAAUAUGUUUCUCGCCAGCCAAGUCUUGCCGCUGCGCUUCUAAGGAUGCAUUUUCAUGAUUGUUUCGUCAGAGGAUGUGAUGGUUCCAUUCUUCUGAAAUCUCCAAACAAGGAUGCGGAAAGAGAUGCUGUCCCUAACUUGUCAUUGAGAGGCUAUGAAGUGGUCGAUGCCGCCAAGUCAGCUCUAGAGAAGAAGUGUCCCGGUGUGGUUUCUUGCGCUGAUGUUCUCUCCUUAGUCGCCAGAGACGCCGUCUUAGUGAUCAACGGACCAUGGUGGCCAGUUCCAUUGGGCCGGAGGGAUGGUCGCAUCUCAAAGCAGUCCGAGGUUAAUUUACCAUCGCCUUUCGCCGGAAUUGCUGCCUUGAAAAAGAACUUCUUCGACAAGGGUCUCAACACUAAGGACCUUGUUGUUCUCUCAGGGGGUCACACCAUUGGAAUCUCCAACUGCGGUCUCAUCAACAGCCGUAUCUACAACUUCACCGGCAAAGGUGACUUUGACCCUUCGAUGAACCCUAGCUACGUCAGGACAUUGAAGAAAAGGUGCAAGCCAACUGACUUCAAGACCUCAGUGGAGAUGGACCCAGGCAGUGUCAAGAAGUUUGACUCUCACUACUUCAACAUUGUGGCUCAGAAGAAGGGUUUGUUCACCUCUGACUCAACACUUCUUGAUGACCCUGAGACCAAAAGCUACAUUGACAACCAGGUUUCUACUGCUGGGUCUUCUUUCAACAAAGAUUUCUCCGACUCUAUGCUCAAGCUCGGUUUCGUCCAAAUUCUCACCGGGAACAAGGGUGAGAUCAGGAGGAAAUGCGCUUUCGUUAACUAA